AUGGACGGCCAGAGGCAGCCAUACGUCCCCGCGCCGCCGUCGCAAACAAUCACACAGGCGGCAACACGAGGCCAUGGGAUCCAGCUACCACCACCUCCCCCCCCGCGUGUUCCUCAUGUGGCCUCUCACGGUGGGGUACCACCUCCUCCUCCACCACCCCGAAUGCACUCUGGGUCGCAUUACGGAGGUCAGGGUGCCGGGUGGCAGCAGGCGUGGGCGAGGCAGCCGCAAAUUGGCCAGAAUUAUUUCCCCCCACCGCCACCCCCACCGCCAAAUCAAAUGCAUGCGCAAUUUGCAUAUAAUCCCGGCUCUCUUUCUUUGCAAGCAACUGCCCCAAGCGACCAGCCUCUCACGUAUGCAACCUAUAUUCCGGAUGGCGAAUCGUUUGGCCCUGGGGUUGGCAUACCACCGUUAGUUCCUCAUGAUUCCUAUGAUCAUUUCAGCCGAACUGAGAGGUCCGGAUAUUUCUAUGACCCUGAUACGUCGCGAUACAUUCCUCAGACCUACCAUGAUAGCAUAAACCCUCCGCACCAGCCACCUUUAUAUAGGGAGUUCUCAGAUGCUUCUAUUCCAAACUCAUUGCCAACAGCCAGCUUACAAUCAUCGCAUUCACAGAUCCCGACAAGGGAAGGUUCAAGUCGAUAUAAUUCACAUACCACCUCAGCUGGAACAGUGACCCAUGAAGCCGAUGAGAAGUGGCCGCUUGACCGGGUACUGCAAUGGCUAGUGCAUAAUGGUUUCUCAAACGAAUGGCAAGAGACUUUUAAAUCACUUGAUCUAAAGGGAGCAAAUUUCUUGGAUCUUGGGAUUGGGGGCGCGAAUGGACAGGGAAAUUUGGGAAGGAUGCAUCAGGAUGUCUACCCCCAACUUGCCAAAGAGUGUGUUAAAAAUGGCGCUGGCUGGGAUCAAAACCGCGAGCGAGAGGAGGGUGUUCGGAUGCGAAAACUUAUUCGAAGUCUUAGCGAAACUAGGCAGUUCGACUCAGGACGGUUCUAUGAAAAUUUGCAGCCCAGUGCGUCAGCAGAUGGCAGUGUUGAAACCUCUCCUCACCUGAGAACGGACCCCUUCGACCCCCCAUCAGCAGAACCUAGCCGCCAAGAAACAAGCUCUAGGUCCGAACUCUCCCGCAACAUACUGGGCAAUGCUUUCGGCGAGCGACGACGACAUAGCCCUUCGACAUCCAGUGAUCACGGUGUACCUACUGCUCUCCGUUCUUCUGGUAACAAGUCACGUGGCGGUAGUCCAGCAGCACAAUUUGCGUCUAUGGUAACGGCUGACUCUACAUCGACAACACCAGAGAUGGGCCAAAACAAACGACUUAGCUCUGACUCCAUUAUGGGUCGCGGUUUUAGGCAAAACCAAGGCUCUUCUACCCAGGAUCAAUCUAUGAAACAGAAUGAAAUGUCUUCCAAAGACCAUAAAGGGUUCUUCAAUACUAUUCUAAAAGUUAUUGGUCACGAAUCUCCACAACAAUCUACAGAAGAUCUUGCUUCAGAAUCUCCAACGAGCCUGACGAAUGGGUUUCGAUAUGGACAGUCAUAUCCUUACCCUACAAGAUCUACACCAAACUCCAGCGAGACCACCUUAGCCUUCGGAAUUCAUAUGCCCACUUCUGAAUGCCAUGCACGAAAAGUUAUCCAGAACCCUCCCCCAAAGAAGUUCAUCUUCGUAACCCUUGAUGGUUGGAACUACCGUUUGGUUGAUGUUACUGAUGUUGAUGCUGCUGAUAUGUUACGAGCUAGACUGUGUAAUGGUGUUGGUAUCAAAGACCCAAGCAGCGCCCUCAUAUACGUGACAGAACCUGGCAGGAUUGAGCACGAAGAGCCCCUUAGCGACACUAUGCUUGUUGUAAAUCGUCGUUCUAAGUCAGAUGACCAAGGAAGCUUGAAGUUCUUCAUCCAAAGCACGCCCGCAUUUAGGCUCGAUGGGAUUAAACCACAAACGACUACUCCAGAGGAAGAAACUCGCAAUCGCCAUGUCCAAAAUUCUCGCCGGGUAUCCCCAUCUAUAACUUACCGUACACCUGGGCAAAAUUUAAGCUCAUACUCAGUAUCCAAUGCUGAACAGGAUCGAUUUCUAGAAGCUUCAAUGGAUGAUAAGGAGCGAGAGGCUGCCAUCUUAGCGGCGCAUAAGGAGCAUCGUCGGAUUGCCGAACAAAAGCAGCAGGCUUUCCUCCAGUCGAAGCAGGAGCAGCGCCAAAAGCAGCCGAUCUCAACAGUAACAACGCAUGGGAUCAAACGGGGUGGCAUCAUUGACUUUGACUCUCCACGAAUUUCACCAUACGAAGAUAAACGGUCUGAAAACUUCUUUCCGCUGAGAAAACCACCUAUAGCACCGGCAGGAUCAAGCACUCUAUCGAAAGUUAACUCUCUUAAAAAGCCUGGUGAAAAAUCUGCUAAGGAAACUGUGUUCCAAGGUAUCCCUCAGACGAGUCUCUCAAAAGAUUUUCUUCCAGAUGUUGUGGAGAGACCACCGAAUUUCAGCCCUAAAUCAGCAUCUCCUAGUAUGGGAAUAGCUGCCGCAUUUGCCAAUAUGGGGAAGAUGUCUGGUUCUAUCGCAAAACCUUUCGCGUCCUCCUCGCCAUUUAGUCAUUCUCCUCGCACACCGUCCGGAUCAGAAACUGGGAAGCCUGUUUCAACGCAUUCCACUGAUCCAAUCAGCGCCGGAUCGCAACAUGCUAGCCCGGCUUCUCCUAUUAUCCGCCGUGGAUCCACCAAUCCCGCAUUUAAUCUGCCUGAUUACAGUGGGAAUGUUAUGUUACGACAAGAGACGCUGGGUGGAAGCACAACCGUACCAGAACAAACUGCGUUUAAGAGCCCAGAAGAUGGAGUUACAACCUCUCAGUCAAGACUAUCGCAUGGGCCUGACUUUGAUUUCCAGGAAACAGAAGUAUCUUUUCACCGAUCUCCGCAGCCAGCUACUCAGGAUUCAGACGAAGAUUCCGAUGAGGGACUCUUCGCAAAACCCCUCGCGAAUACCAAGAACAAAACUCCAAUAAAAAGGAAACCGCCGCUCUCUGCAGUGAAUACUCAAUCUCGGCUGGCAAAGCCCGCAUUAACUGUAAAUACAAAUUCAAGGGCGGCGAAAGGGCUGUCUGUUACGUUUAAAUCACCUGGACCGAAUGAUACUUUUACACCAGUCACUGACCAUAGUGAUCCUCAAAGCGCCCAUCAUUCAGCAGGCCCAGAUGCCGAUGAAUUCUCACCUCAAGAUGUCCGAAACUCUCGCCGCCAGUCCUUCGUCAGAGACGAUGUAUGGGCAUCCCGUCCUCCAGUUGAAGGAAUGAUUGAUCAGCUAGAUCUAUUCUUCCCUGGUAUCGAUUUAGAUGAGCCCUACUUGGAGGGCAUUACACUGACACCACCAUUGUCUCCUACAACAUUAAUUAAUCACCCCGAACCGGAAGUAGAGCUCUCCCAGAGCUUGAGGGAUCGUGUGGGCCAAGGUCAUUCUAAUCUAGGCUCCGCAUCCCGGAACGCCUCCGAUACAUUUUCAUCUGAUGAGUCCACUUUGAAAGCUAAAGCUCCGAUGAAAACCGUUGCGCAACGGAAUCUUAGUCGCUCAGGUGGUCUAGGCCGCAUGAAAUCCAUACGUGAAGUUGCAAAGGGAGCACAUCAAAUACGUCGAAAUCAGAGUAUUGCUGCUGCUACGAAUGCACAGUCCGGCGUGCUACGACGCAAGAGCACUAAGAUGUUUGGCGCGAGAAUUAUGCAAAUCAGCCCCAAACCUGGGACCCGAUUGAGCGAUCUGGACCCCCUGCCCCAGCACCCAGUACCCCAGGAAAAAAUUCCUCAAAGACAGCCGACUUUCAGAAUUAUCAGAGGUCAGCUUAUUGGCAAAGGGACCUACGGUAGGGUUUAUCUCGGGAUGAACGCCGAAACUGGGGACAUCCUAGCAGUAAAACAGGUUGAAGUCAACCAGAAAGCUGCUGGAUACGAUAAAGACCGUAUUAAAGAGAUGGUGGCCGCCAUGGACCAAGAAAUUGAUACUAUGCAACAUCUGGAACACCCCAAUAUUGUACAAUAUCUUGGUUGUCAUCGCAGUGAACUCUCAAUAUCCAUCUAUCUCGAAUAUAUUCCUGGUGGCUCCAUUGGAAGCUGUCUCCGCAAGCAUGGGAAGUUUGAGGAAAGUAUUGUUAAAUCACUUACGAUCCAAACGUUAAGUGGCCUUUCCUACUUGCACAAUCAAGGAAUUCUCCAUCGAGACCUUAAAGCUGACAAUAUUCUUCUUGAUCUCGAUGGAACGUGCAAAAUAUCGGAUUUUGGUAUCUCAAAAAAAAGCAAUGACAUUUACUGCAACGACGAAAGCAACUCAAUGCAAGGUUCUGUAUUUUGGAUGGCCCCGGAAGUGGUUCAAUCCCAAGGAAAAGGGUACAGCGCCAAGGUCGAUAUCUGGUCCCUUGGCUGCGUAGUUCUAGAGAUGUUUGCUGGCCGACGCCCCUGGAGCAAAGAGGAAGCUAUUGGCGCUAUCUUCAAAUUGGGGAGUCUUAAUGAAGCACCGCCAAUUCCUGAAGACGUAUCCCUGACUAUAUCUCCUGCUGCCAUUGCUUUUAUGUGGGAUUGCUUUACUAUCCGUCCAUACGAUCGUCCCACAGCGGAAACCCUUCUAUCCCAACACCCCUUCUGCACACCUGAUCCGAAGUACAAUUUCUUGGACACCGAACUCCACGCAAAGAUUGGCCAUCUGUAA